AUGUCUUGUUUUAGCUUUCUAGUAUAUUUUCUUCUCUUUAUAGUAACAAAAAUGUCUCAGUCACCUUUGUCUCAAAGCUCUCAUGAAUUCACCGUCGUCUCACCUUAUCUAUCAUGUUUUGGCAUUGAGGAAUGUCUAUUUUAUUUGUAUUUUAAACUUUAUGAUCUUUGUGUUAUCCUACUUUGUACUUGGUUUGAUUUAAGUGAAUGA